AUAUAUCAGAGGAUGUCGAAACAAGCGAUGCCAAGUCGUGUGGUUUAAGGAUUUCGUAUAUGUUGGAGUACACAUAUUCUGAUGAUGAUUUUAGGUUGUCAUUGACGCAAGUUUGGUCUGAAGGCUGUAGUUUACCACAGUCAAACGAUUUAUCUAUUGAGGACAACUCUCUUUCAACUUUCUCACACUUAAUGUCUUUGUUGUGAUUUUGAAGCAAAAAACGCGAUGGUGGAGAAAAUAAAUUCGAAUAGUUUACCACUCCCAGAUAACAGAUCAAAGGACCUAAAAUACCAUAACGACUCGAUCGCUCCAUCGGCAACAGAAAAGAAGCGUACAACAAGACUGAUGGAGCUAGCAAGACCUCGGCAAAUGCAUCCAGAAUACCAAAUAAGUAAGUCUGCAAUUCCACUUAUUACAAAAGCAGCAUUAGAGGCAAUCCCGUCGCCAAGAAUAGAAGAAAUCUCACAGCCACUUCGUAAAGUUUUCAUGAUUGAAAAUGAGUGGCGCGUAAAAAACUCGGCCCUAAGCUACCGACCGAGUGAAAGGAUUCUUGAGUUAUCUCGACCAAGACCCUUUGCUAACGGCUACAUGGCCUGCAAGAGUUUUGAUGAGACGUGGCGUGUUUCAACGAAUGCUCGUAAAGCGUCGUCAUCCGAACGUAUUGAAGAGCUCAGCAAGCCUCAUAUAAGAGCAGUGGGUACCAAACUCCCACGGACAGAUGCGUUCAUUGUUUCGGCAGCAGCAAAGAAGGCUAUAGCUAGUGAACGCAUUAUUGAACUUUCACAGCCCAUAAUUAGGGGAAAGUAGAAAUCGGAGUUCUUGAUCUCCUUAUCGCACAGAUAAAAAUAUGAAAUCAAAAAUCCUAUUCAAUAUGGCCAAUAUAUAUCUUCAAUGAAUGCAUAACAUGGAGACAUAAUUAUUUGUUAAAUAGGUGAACAUUUUGUACAUGGUCACACCAAGUGUCUACAAUAAAAUUAAGCUAUUUCUCCCUUAUCUUACUGUCCUACCU